CCGUCACCUGUCAGCUGUGGUCGUUACCCCCUGAGAAAAAAACAGCAAAAUAAUUAUCAUGUUUCCCUUUUUUCUCACUAAUCGUAUAUGAAAAAAACAGAAGGAGGCUCUAAAAUGGUAAAUUGACCCCACCUCGACCUUUUUCACACAAAACGGGCCUAUAAAAAUGGUGAUAAUAUAAUUUAAAGCGAUAUGGAUAUAUUUUUGUUCAUGUUCCUAGUUUUUAUAUCUUUUUUAAUCGGUGUUAUAGUGACUCUCGUGGUGCAAUAUUAUAUUUUAUAUUCUUACUUUAAAACAAGUCCAGUGGUGACGCCAAAUGGGAAAAAAUGCUCCACUGAUUACGUUUUACCAGAGUCUUUGAAAAAACAGUUGGAGAGUGAAGAACUGAAUGAUGCGACGAGUUUAUCGGUUAGUCUAGUUUUGCAGUUUUUGUUUCAUGAAUUGAGACAUUCUGAAGCUAUCAAAAGAUGGCUAUACAAGAAAUUGAGUCUUGAGUUUGAGGAACUAUUGACGAAAACCACAAUAGGGAAAUUUUUUGAAGUCAUUAAUAUUAGGGAUAUGAACUUGGGUAAUCACUUUCCGAAUAUUAAAAAAAUCAGUAUUGAAGAUGUGAAAUUAGAUAAUAAGGAAGGACACAUAGACACAGUUAGUUUAUGUUUAGAUGUAGAUUAUACAGGAAACUUUUUACUUAGUGUUGAUGCCAAAAUGAAAUUUGGAAAAACUGCAUAUUUAUCAAUUAAGGUUAAUAAAGUCAACGGUCUUGUAAGGCUUCAGUUUACAAGACAUCCUUACACACACUGGUCUUUCAGUUUUUUUCAAGACCCGAUUAUAGAACUAGAAGUUGAAUCACACUUUCAGGGACGUCAAUUACAGUCAAAUAUCACAAGUCUCAUCGUAAAUCAAAUAAAAAAAGCCAUUAGACGAAAACACACACUACCAAAUUACAAAAUCAGAUACAAACCGUUCUUUAUUAAAACCGACCCCAGCCAACUAGACAUUGAAGAUAGCGAAAUUGUCCCUCAGGGCCAACUUGAAGUGACGUGCAUCGAUGUUACUAGACUCGAAUUGUCAAGUGCUGUGCAAAAUGUUUAUUGCACUGUGGCAGUUGACACAAUUCCGUGGAUUUGUGUGUACGAAUCAGAGGAUCGCACUUUCAUGAUUCUUGAAAUAACGAUGACUAAGUUGAAACAAGCCCAACUUGGGGUUAUUUUCAAGCCGGAGAGAAGCUCAGUGGCCGUUGAAAGCGUCUCUCCCCACAGUUGCGCCUUCAAGUCGGGCCUCAAACCCGGCGACAUUGUUCUCGCCGUCGAAAAUAAAUCCGUUUCGAGUGUUCCUCAAGUCGCCAAAUUUAUCAAAUCCGUAACUUCGACUCAUGUCACUCUUCGGGUGAAAAGACUCGUCGAUUCGUACAUUUUGCGGAAGAAACACUUCGAAAAGGGGUCAACUGAUGAGAUGGAUCAAGACGAGAGCAGUUUUAUCAUAGUUGAUAACGUGGAAACGCCGAAAAAACCCGCUGAGAAAAUCCCGAAAAGUCUUUCAAGCAACGAAAACGUCUCGAAAUUUGCUCAAACGAUCGGUAAUUUUACUUUGCGGAAACGGAAGACUUCCGUUUCGGAGAAAUCGUCAACGGAAGUGAGUUGCAAGAGUACGCCGACGUCGAGUGGGCCUGGAACGCCACAACAUGGGCUGUUUAAACAACACACAACCCCGUUGUUGGUUGGGAAAAAACAGUCAAUUUCGGAAAUACCGGAAAUUCUCCGUGAAAAUUCCGAACUUGAAGUUGUCGAAGUCGGGAAAAGUAAAGAGUUGAAUCCCACUUCGGUGCUUUAUUUCAAUGACGAUUUUCAAUUUAGUCUAAGAAAGGGGCUUAAAUACUUAAAUGUCAACGUUUGGGGCACUGUGAAUGAAGAUAAAGAUGUUUUAUUGGGAUACGCGAAUAUCCCUUUGAGCCACAUUUUAAACGAGUGUUUUAACAGCGUAUUAGGGCACUACAUGAGACGGUACUCUUUCCUCCCGCCAGCAUUUUCCCAUUCUAAUAACCAAUCACACCCACUGAUGGCACACUCUGGCUUCGAACACGUCUUUUGUUACGGCGAUAUUCUUCUGUCUUUCAUAUGGUCACACGAGGACGAUAUCGAAGUCAAACGUAAAAUGUCUCAGGACAUUUUAAACACGGACAUUGAACAAAUUUCAACUUCAACAACCCUCAAACACGAUUUUAUAAGAACUCAGUUCCACCGCACCACCCAUUGUGAUUUCUGUUCGAAAAAGAUUUGGCUCAAAGACGCGGUCCAGUGCCGCGAAUGCGGCCUCUGUUGUCACAAAAAAUGCAUAGCUAAGUGUCAAACCAGCACUGCAUGCAUACAAGGUGAGAAGAAAACCGAACCGGAAACGGUCCAACCGGAAAUAACGAUGACCGAACCCCCGGAUGAGUACACAGAGGGGGAGUUGAAACGAGUAAACAGCGUGAAAAAUUUAGCAAUUCCAGGUGCGCAAUUUCUAUCAACUGUCUCGAAAAGUCUGCCACCUUCGCCCCAGCGAACCCCAAGUCGGAAGCAAUCCAUGUCGAACAUAAACCCCUUCUCUCUGUGUCCCGGUGUUUUGGAAGAUGUGCAAAAAAAACCGGAAGAGGCGUCCGAAAGUGUCAACCGACUUUUGGAACAAGUCAUGCAGUGCCCCCCUGACGAGACGCUCAUGGACGUGGCUAAGGAAACAGGAAAACAGCUCUAUGCUCACAUGCCACAUGAGGAGAAAGUCGAAAAAGUCAAUGUGAUGAUGGCGGAAUUGAAGAAGACUCUAGAUUCGGUGACUUUGGAACAUAUGGAACUGUCGAAACAAAUGAGUAGUCAAGAAUCUGACGCCGAGAAGACAAAAAUCGCGUUUCUGAUUGGUCAAGCCGAUGCUAAGGUUCAAGGACUCUCAGUAUUGAUGCUUCAUUAUUGUUCCAGUUUGCAGCAUACCCAAGAAAAAAUAGUGUAGGCGCUUUUGUCUACUCGAAAAAAAGCAUAUCAUUGUGACCCCAGUACUUAAUUUUAGCAUUUAUGACACUCCUCUAGUCAAUUAAUUUCCACAUUGGUAGUAUUUUUAUUUUUACACGUUUUUAGGAAUUUUAAACUAUACUUACUGUGAUAGCGUAGGAUGUAGUAAAAUGAUUUUUAAUUUUAGUGACUAGAUGUGCAAAGCUGUCUCUUGGUUUUAAUAGGCAAAAAGAGUGAAACUAAGCUUUAACAUUGUUGUAUUUGUUGCGCAAAACGUCCAUGUCAGUAUUUUUUGGCAUCUUUGAUUCGACAUGCCCUAUUUAUUUGUGGAAAAAAUUUCUUAUGUAAUAUAUUUUGUACAAUAAAUUUUGCCUGCUUCACA